AGUUACGGACUCUGAACUCGGAUGGGAUAUGAAACCUUUCUCUCUGUUGACACGCCCACUAAUAUUUGCAUAACAGGACCAUAUAAAACAGGCAGAGAGCAGCUCAUUCUGCAGAUACCACACAGCUUGUCUGUAUUUCACUGCUCUGGAUCAGAGGACCAUGUCUGACAAAAGGAAGAUUUCAGUUGUUGUCCUGGGAAAUGAAGAUUCUGCAAAGAAAGCUCUGAUAACCAACAUCCUGGGGAAAGAUUUAUCAAAACUACUCAAAACACAAGUUCUGAAAAAAACUGAGAUAUAUGAAAAUGAUACAUAUAAAGUCACAUAUACACCAGACUUGUACACAGAAUGUGAGGACAUAAGACAACUGUUUGCUAUUAAUGAACACCCUGACAUGUCUCUGUUGGUGGUAGAAGAUGGGUUUUCAACAGAAGAGGUGUGGCAGCAGAUAGAAAAGCUGCACAGAACAACUGGAAAACCCACAGAAGAGUUCAGAGUUGUGCUGCCCCUCAGCUACAAAGACACAGAAUCUUAUCCAUUCAGAUUCUCCACCAUAGGGCAGGUCUUCAGUGAGCUCAGUAAACUGGCUGGAGAGAGACAUCUGACCAACAAGAGGGAUCUGCCUCUACAUCCGUCUACGUCAAGAUCACACACUCCAGUGUGCAGCUAUUCGCCAUAUACACCAACAUCACACACUCUAAUGGAGAAGACAGGAAAACACUCUGCCACCACAGUGAAUCUUGUUUUGCUGGGAAUGUCCGGGACUGGAAAGAGUGCAAUUGGAAACACAAUCCUGGGAAAGAAACAGUUCAUCUCAAGAGUCAGUUCAAAUCCAAUCACCACAGAGUGCCAAGAGGCAGAAACUGUGAUAGGAGGUAAACGUGUACGUGUCAUUGAUACUCCAGACAUCUUUGAUGAUGACAUUGAAUCAUCAGUUAAGAACAAACAUGUGAAAGAGUGCAAACAGCUCUGUGAGUCAGGACCUUGUGUGUUCUUACUGGUGAUACAUGUUAGCAGAUUCACUGACGCUGAGAGAGACAUUCUGAAAAAGCUGGAAAAAGCUUUUGGUAACAAAAUUCUUAAACAAACAAUCAUCCUGUUUACUCGUGGAGACGACCUGAAGCAAGCAGGAAUGAGUUUGGAGGAAUUUCUGCGUUCCUGUCAGCCUGAUCUUAAGAAGAUUAUUGAAAAGUGUCACAAUAGAUGUGUUGUAUUUGAGAACAGAGGCUCAGAUUCACAGCAAGUACAGAAACUAAUGCAGACAGUGAAAGAGGUGUUAAAAUAAUAGCAGAAAUAAAUUAAAAUAUUUAAAAUAAUGUUGUCAUUAA